AUGGCCCCAAAGAUUCUCAUCGUCCUCACGUCUGCGGACAAGAUGACCACAACCGGCAAGCCCACUGGCUGGUACCUCCCCGAACUCGCCCACCCUUACAACGUCCUAGCCCCCAAGGCCGAGAUUGUCAUGGCCUCGCCGAAAGGUGGCAAGGCACCUCUUGACCAGGCUUCUGUCGAGGCCUUCAAGGAAGACAAGGAGUCAGUGGACUUCCUCAACAACAAGUCCUCCGUCUGGGAGAACACUACCCCUCUCAAGGAGUUCCUCGGCCGCGCCAACGAGUUUGACGCCCUCUUCUAUCCCGGCGGCCACGGCCCCAUGUUCGAUCUCGCCACCUCGGAGGACUCGAUCAAGUUGAUCCAGGAGUUCUGGGCCGCCGGGAAACCCGUGUCCGCCGUUUGCCACGGCCCCAUUGUCCUGGCCAACGUCAAAAACACCGACGGCACCGCGUUUGUCCAGGGCAAGACCGUCACCGGCUUCACCAACACCGAGGAGCAGCAGGCCGGUCUGACCGACGCUAUGCCCUUCCUGCUCGAGACCGAGCUCAAGAAGAAUGGCGCUAACUUUGUCCUCGCCGACCAGCCUUGGGGCGAGAAGGUUGUCACUGAUGGCAAGCUCAUUACCGGGCAGAACCCUGCCUCGGCCAAGGGCGUUGGUGAGGCCAUCGUCAAGGCUCUCGGUAUCUAA